AUGUUUGCAAGACUGUGUCCUUGUGCAGGAAACAGAAGCACCGACCAGGAGGACUGGGGCAGGAAGACAGAAUUAACUGAGUGGCAGCACUGGAUUAGGCCUGGGCAUCCAGAAACUGCCCGCAAGAAGUGGAGGCCAGUGGGAGACACACAAGUGUCUACAAGGCGAGGUGACAGAGCUCUCCGAAGGAUGGAGAAGGGGCUGUGGCGGCUGGCCCAGUGGAAAAGUACCUCAACCAUGAUUCAUCAGGAUGGCAGCUGGCUUGGCAAGGGGAUAGCACCUUUGUCACCACGUCAUGUCUCUGUACUCUACGUGCUGCACCUACACCCAGGACCGACGGUAACUGAGGUGGAGGGGAAAGGAGGGCCUGAGAUGGCAAGUCUGUCCUCCUCGGUGGUUUCUGUGUCCUUCAUUUCCACCCACGAGAGUCUGCUGGACACUGGAGUUGGUGGAGAAGGAGCCAGUGACAGGCAGAGGAGCAAACUGUCUUUAUCACACUCCAAGAUCCCAGCUGCUAAAAUCCACCCUGAGCUCUACUUACCAGCCUUCUUCUCUCUUGCUGGAACCUCCUCUGUACUCGACCAGCAGCCUUAG